CCACUGCCCAGUGUCCAGACUCCACCACUGCCCAGUGUCCAGGCUCCACCACUGCUCAGAGUCCGAGCUCCUUCAGCUGCACCAGUGCCCAGUGUAGCUGCACCACUGCCCAGUGUCCAGACUCCACCACUGCCCAGUGUCCAGGCUCCACCACUGCUCAGAGUCCGGGCUCCUUCAGCUGCACCAGUGCCCAGUGUAGCUGCAUCACUGCUCAGUGUCCAGGCUCCACCACUGCUCAGAGUCCGGGCUCCUUCAGCUGCACCAGUACCCAGUGUCCAGGAUCCUUUAGAUACACCAGUGCCCUCAGCAAUGGCUGUUGACGAACACUGCAUUCCUGGAAUGGACCGGGUGGAUGCGUUGGCAGAGUGUCUGGUGGAGCUGCGCACACAGACAAGCCUCACACUUACCAACCAACAAGUUGCGACCAUUGUGGGUCUGUGGCAGAACCUGGACAAAUUUGAUAAAGACAGGGUGGUGUAUGCUGCUCGUCAUCAAGACAGGCUACUUACAGGACGUUUUAGGUCCCCAAAAAAGAAAGCUGUCUUCACUCCUGGUGUCGACAGCACAAAAAGGUGUGUUUUGGGUUCUAGCGGCUCUCCAGCACAGUGGCCUAAUUGCUGUCGCCUUGUUGAAAUGAUUUUCAUAAGGUUAUGUAACAUCCACCGAAGCCCCAAGAAACAGCGGACAGAAUCUCUGUCUAGAUGGGAUCUCAUUCUUCGUGAUUACAGAAAAAUUCGGCAGCUAAUCCUGAGCAAUGGAACGGUGAUGAAUGACACAACCCUUCAGCUAGUUGAGGUAAAUCAGAGGACCCUUACGACAUGGCACAAUAACCGUUUAAAGGGUCAGGAGGUCUCCUUGCUGUUGCAAGGGCUGGACCUUCCAGAGGCACGUCCAGUGGCUUUGGAUGUUUUGCCUCCAGCACGAGUACAGCCUGUUGUGCCUCCACAAUAUAGCCACCAGUUGCAUACCUACCAGAUGCCACCAGACACAGCUGGACAGGCAAAGACAAAGUUUAGAAAGAUUGCGCCCUCAGCUACCUGUACAUCUGCCACAGCAACUUCAAUCUGGCCAUCAGCCGUACACCCUCAGCGUUCAGCCACGUCCAGCCAGCUAAGGACAAUUUGUCCCAGGCCGACAGCACCACACCCAUUGGUUCCUGACACACCCACUGCCCCUGUUGUGUCUCAGAUGUUUCUGGUGCCCUGCCCAGCCCCAUUUUCCACCAUUAACCCUGGAGCAAUUUCCUCUGAGCCACCUGCAAAUGACACAGCCACUCCAACCAAACGAUCGUACAAUCGCACUGUAAAAGCAAAUUCGUGCAGAAAGUGUGGCCAAUUUCGUACUCAAGAAACUGGCCAUAGCCAGUACAAAGGCAAAAUAUAUUGCCCUAAUAAAGAAACAAUUACGAAGGAGCAGUGGUUACAGAUUAUGAGAAGAUAACUCAUUUAUUUAUGUGUGAUACAUUCAUUUUGUUCUCUUGGUUGGAUCUGUUCUGUUUUUUAUCUUCCAGCCAUAUUUAAUGUUAAAGAGUUAUACUGUGCACUUUUUUUUAUCUUGUAUUAUUAUUAUUAUUAUUAUUAUUAUUAUUAUUAUAAACAUGUGGGUAUGUAUGUGAAUACACUAUAAUACAUAUGGAAAUAUAUAUACAUAUUAAAUAAAGUUAAACUAUUAUUAUUAUUAUUAUAGAAAGG